CUGUGGGGUGAUCAGACCCUCCUUCAUUUCCAUCUCCAUCUCCAUCACUACAGCAUCACGGAGAACCUCUGCCUUUCUGAACAGAGCUUUAAAACCCCUUUGCGUUUGGGCGAAAUUCCCACCUUCAUUCACCAGUCUUGUGAUGUAUUGAAAGUUUUUGGAAACUUUGGGGAGUUUGAUUGAUUGAUGUUCUGCUGAUACUGGGGUGAAGAUGUCGGUCACGCGUUUGGCAGCGGCCGCUCUCCUUACACUCUCAGUACUGACAUCUGUGAGAGCUCAAGUAACGCCUCCAUCAGACUUGAGGUUUAAGAUUUUAAAUGAAAACACAGUACAAAUGAUAUGGAAGCAACCGCUGUCAAGGAUUGAGGGUUUAAGAGUCGUAGUGACAUCGGAUACAGAAGAGCCUGUUAAGGAAUUCACACUUCCUCCAUCCGCAACCAAAACCUCCAUCAGAGAUUUGACCCCCGAUGUGGAUUAUGUUGUUACGAUAACUUCAUAUUCUGGAUCGGAGGAGAGUAUACCGAUCUCUGGUCAAAUUACAAUCCAAUCGAGUGGUUUUGAAGGAGGUACCAGGAAACCUCAGGUCUCCGAUGCAGUCAAAUGCUUAUCAAGUGCCAUUGCUGACCUUGUCUUCCUGGUGGACGGCUCUUGGAGUGUCGGGCGGGAAAAUUUUAAAUUCAUCCGCAGCUUCAUAGCAGCCAUGGCAAGCGCGUUUGACCUCGGAGAGGACAAGACUAGAGUGGGUGUGGUUCAGUACAGCACGGACACCAGAACUGAGUUUAACCUCAACCAGUAUUUCAAAAAGGCUGAGCUGCUCAGAGCCAUUAACAGUUUGCCAUACAAGGGCGGCAACACCAUGACAGGCGAAGCCCUGGACCACCUGCUGAAAAACAUGUUCACGGAGACCGCCGGUGCUCGCAAGGGAUUCCCCAGAGUUGCUGUAGUUAUCACAGAUGGGAAAUCUCAAGACCCAGUGGAGGGUUACGCCAAGAGGUUGAAGAACGCUGGAGUUGAAAUCUUCACUUUGGGGAUCAAAGAAGCAGAUGAAGAAGAGCUGAAACAAAUGUCUUCAGCACCCUACAGAACACACGUGUACACAGUGCCAAAUUUCGACAUGAUCAAAGCUGUGGAGAAAUCGCUCAUCACGCAGGUGUGCACCAGUGUGGAUGACCAGCUCAACUCGCUGGCUAGCGGCGAGGAAGUCAUUGAGCCAGCGUCAAACUUGCAAGUCACAGAGGUUGCGUCCAAGUCAAUGCGGGUGACGUGGGAUGCAUCUAUAGGGGAGGUGACUGGAUACAAGGUGAAGAUGGUUCCCAUGUUGGCUGGCAGCAAACGUCAGGAGCUGUACGUUGGGCCGACUCAGACCUCUGUGAAUGUGAGAGAUUUGUCCCCUGAUACAGAGUAUGAGAUCAGCCUGUUUGCACUCAAAGGUCUGACACCCAGUGAGCCAGUUAUGGCGAUGGAGAAAACCCAGCCCUUAAAAGUAUCGCUAGAAUGUUCUCUCGGUGUGGAUGUACAAGCUGAUGUCGUUCUCCUGGUUGACGGUUCCUACAGUAUUGGACUUACAAACUUUGCUAAAGUUCGAGCUUUCUUGGAAGUCCUGGUCAACACCUUUGACAUUGGGCCGGACAAGGUUCAAAUCAGCUUGGUCCAGUACAGCAGAGACCCACACACUGAGUUCUACCUAAACACCUAUCAUGAUCUUAGCGCUGUGGUCAAAGCCGUGAGAGCGUUCCCCUACCGCGGAGGUUCCACGAACACCGGCAAAGCUAUGACAUAUGUGAGAGAGAGGACUUUUGUUCCAACCAGAGGCGCUCGUGCAAACGUACCUCGCGUUAUGAUUCUGAUCACCGAUGGGAAGUCCUCGGAUGCUUUCAAAGACCCAGCGGCUAAGCUUAGGAACACGGAUGUAGAGAUUUUCGCAGUGGGCGUCAAAGACGCUGUCCGCUCGGAGCUGGAGGCGAUUGCUAAUCCUCCAGUGGAGACCCACGUGUACACCGUAGAAGACUUUGAUGCUUUCCAGAGGAUUUCCAACGAGCUAACCCAGUCCAUCUGUUUGAGAAUUGAGCAAGAGCUUCUGAACAUCAAGAGAAGAAGUCUGAUUGCACCCAGGUCUCUGACCUUCUCAGAGGUGACCUCCAGGAGUUUCCGAGCUUCUUGGAUAACUGAUGCUGUGGAUGUGCAGUCCUAUCUGGUGCAAUACAGGCCUGAUGCUGAUACAGAAGCAGGCUACAUCUCUGUUUCUGUGCCGGGAGACACCACUACUUCUGUCUUACAAUGCUCAGCAAGUGCCAUUGCUGACCUUGUUUUCCUGGUGGACGGCUCUUGGAGUGUCGGACGGGAAAAUGUUAAAUUCAUCCACAGCUUCAUAGCAGCCAUGGCAAGCGCGUUUGACCUCGGAGAGGACAAGACUAGAGUGGGUGUGGUUCAGUACAGCACGGACACCAGAACUGAGUUUAACCUCAACCAGUAUUUCAAAAAGGCUGAGCUGCUCAGAGCCAUUAACAGUUUGCCAUACAAGGGCGGCAACACCAUGACAGGCGAAGCCCUGGACCACCUGCUGAAAAACAUGUUCACGGAGACCGCCGGUGCUCGCAAGGGAUUCCCCAGAGUUGCUGUAGUUAUCACAGAUGGGAAAUCUCAAGACCCAGUGGAGGGUUACGCCAAGAGGUUGAAGAACGCUGGAGUUGAAAUCUUCACUUUGGGGAUCAAAGAAGCAGAUGAAGAAGAGCUGAAACAAAUGUCUUCAGCACCCUACAGAACACACGUGUACACAGUGCCAAAUUUCGACAUGAUCAAAGCUGUGGAGAAAUCGCUCAUCACGCAGGUGUGCACCAGUGUGGAUGACCAGCUCAACUCGCUGGCUAGCGGCGAGGAAGUCAUUGAGCCAGCGUCAAACUUGCAAGUCACAGAGGUUGCGUCCAAGUCAAUGCGGGUGACGUGGGAUGCAUCUAUAGGGGAGGUGACUGGAUACAAGGUGAAGAUGGUUCCCAUGUUGGCUGGCAGCAAACGUCAGGAGCUGUACGUUGGGCCGACUCAGACCUCUGUGAAUGUGAGAGAUUUGUCCCCUGAUACAGAGUAUGAGAUCAGCCUGUUUGCACUCAAAGGUCUGACACCCAGUGAGCCAGUUAUGGCGAUGGAGAAAACCCAGCCCUUAAAAGUAUCGCUAGAAUGUUCUCUCGGUGUGGAUGUACAAGCUGAUGUCGUUCUCCUGGUUGACGGUUCCUACAGUAUUGGACUUACAAACUUUGCUAAAGUUCGAGCUUUCUUGGAAGUCCUGGUCAACACCUUUGACAUUGGGCCGGACAAGGUUCAAAUCAGCUUGGUCCAGUACAGCAGAGACCCACACACUGAGUUCUACCUAAACACCUAUCAUGAUCUUAGCGCUGUGGUCAAAGCCGUGAGAGCGUUCCCCUACCGCGGAGGUUCCACGAACACCGGCAAAGCUAUGACAUAUGUGAGAGAGAGGACUUUUGUUCCAACCAGAGGCGCUCGUGCAAACGUACCUCGCGUUAUGAUUCUGAUCACCGAUGGGAAGUCCUCGGAUGCUUUCAAAGACCCAGCGGCUAAGCUUAGGAACACGGAUGUAGAGAUUUUCGCAGUGGGCGUCAAAGACGCUGUCCGCUCGGAGCUGGAGGCGAUUGCUAAUCCUCCAGUGGAGACCCACGUGUACACCGUAGAAGACUUUGAUGCUUUCCAGAGGAUUUCCAACGAGCUAACCCAGUCCAUCUGUUUGAGAAUUGAGCAAGAGCUUCUGAACAUCAAGAGAAGAAGUCUGAUUGCACCCAGGUCUCUGACCUUCUCAGAGGUGACCUCCAGGAGUUUCCGAGCUUCUUGGAUAACUGAUGCUGUGGAUGUGCAGUCCUAUCUGGUGCAAUACAGGCCUGAUGCUGAUACAGAAGCAGGCUACAUCUCUGUUUCUGUGCCGGGAGACACCACUACUUCUGUCUUACAUCACCUUACUCCAGUCACAAAGUACGAGGUCAAGGUUUAUGCCCAAUACCAGAAGGGAGAAAGCUUUCCUAUAUCGGACUUUGAGACCACACUAGAAGAACAAGGAUCUGUGAACAACCUGAGAGUUUCCGAAGAGACGACAAGCAGUUUCCAUGUCUCAUGGGUGGCUGCUCCUGGUCCAGUGGUGCGGUACAGACUCACAUAUGUUCCGGUCCGAGGAGAUAGUGGGUUGCUAGAAACUGCAACAGAUGGCCCUGAGACUACCAUUGUUCUGCAGCAACUUUACCCAGUUACUACCUACCGUGUCUCUGUGGCAGCCGAAUACCCAUCAGGCGUUGGGCCUCAGAUGCAGAUUGAUGGAACGACCAAAGAAGAACGUGGCUCGCCGAGAGACCUGCGUGUUUCUGACGAGACGGUGUCGUCCAUGCAGCUGUCCUGGGCUGCUGCGCCAGGAAGAGUUGCUCAGUAUCGCGUGUUCUACCAGCCCACAGAAGGUGGUGAGAUGAAGGAAGUGGCGGUUAAGGGGGACACCACAGUAGCCUUGCUAAAGAAUCUCCAGCCAGGCACAGAGUACCAGCUGGCCGUGAGGGCACGCUACUCCUCUGGGUUAGGCGAGCCACUGCAGGGCACAGGAACCACACUAGAAGAGGUGGGCUCACCGAGAGACUUGAUAACCAGUGAUGUGACGGACACCAGCUUCAUGGCAUCAUGGACGGCCGCUCCAGGAAGAGUGAGGCAGUAUCGUGUUCGCUGGAAGUGUCUGUUUUCCGCAGAGUCUGGGGAGAAGAUGGUGCCCGGGGAUGUGACCAGCUCGCUGUUGGAGAACCUCACCCCUGAAACACGCUACCAGGUGUCUGUGUUAGCGUCGUAUGACAGAGGCGAUGGAGAACUACUUGUGGGAGAGGAGACCACUGAUGCAUCUGCGUCUGCCAAGGCUUUACUGGUGUCUGAUGAAACCGAACGCACCAUGCGCGUGACAUGGAAGGCCGCUCCAGGCCCCGUGGUCAGCUACAGGCUCACGUACAUCCCUGAAGACGGCGGUAAAGAGAUGACGAUGAAGAUCCCUGCCAACCUCACCAGCACCAUGCUGAGGAAACUGCAGUCCCUGACCACCUACAACAUCAAAGUACAUCCCAUUUACAAACGAGGAGAAGGAAAAGCAAGGCAAGGAGUAGGAACCACACUGUCACCAUUUAAAGCCCCAAGAAACCUACAGACCUCUGAAUCCACUAAAACCAGUUUCCGUGUCUCCUGGGAUCCUGCUCCCGGUGAUGUACGAGGGUACAAAGUCACUUUCCAUCCCAGCGGAAAUGAGGUUGAUCUGGGAGAAUAUCUUGUCGGGCCGUACGACAACACGGUUGUUCUAGAGGAACUCAGAGCUGGAACUAAAUACUCCGUGGCUGUUUUUGGCAUGUUUGAUGGAGGUGAAAGUAUGCCUUUGGCCGGGGAGGAGAAGACCACCCUCUCUGAUGCACCUGCAUCUCCUUCUCUUGUUGCAGAAAAACAGUGUGUAACCACAGCCAAGGCUGAUAUUGUACUGCUGGUUGAUGGAUCCUGGAGUAUCGGCCGCUUGAACUUUAAAACCAUCCGGACUUUUAUCGGUCGCAUGGUGGGCGUCUUUGACAUUGGCCCCGACAAGGUUCAAAUUGGUUUGGCUCAGUACAGUGGGGAUCCCAAAACCGAGUGGCAUUUGAAUGCCCACGCCACCCGUGAAUCCCUGCAGGAGGCUGUGGCCAACUUACCCUACAAAGGCGGAAACACAAUGACUGGUAUGGCCUUGAACUACAUCCUCCAGAACAACUUCAAACCAAAUAUGGGUAUGAGACCCGAUUCUCGUAAAAUUGGUGUCCUUAUUACCGACGGCAAAUCUCAGGAUGAGAUUGUAGUGAAUUCUCAGAGACUACGUAACUCGGACAUUGAGCUCUAUGCCAUCGGCGUGAAAAAUGCAGAUGAAAAUGAGUUGCGAUCCAUUGCCUCCGACCCUGAUGAAAUCCACAUGUACAAUGUCAACGACUUCUCCUUCAUGUUGGACAUCGUGGAUGACCUCACUGUCAACCUCUGUAAUAGUGUUAAAGGCCCAGGUGGCGGCCCAGGGACGCCCACUGACCUGGUGACUUCAGAGGUUACACACUACUCCUUCCGUGCUACCUGGAUGCCACCCGACGAGCCAGUGGAGAAGUUUCGUAUCGAGUACGUCCCUGUCGCAGGAGGAAAGACUGAAGUGAUGUUCGUUGAUGGCGAAGAAAACACAGUUGUCCUGGUCAACCUUACGCCCAUGACAGAGUAUAUUGUCAGGGUGUAUGGAGUGAUCGGUGAGGAGAGCAGCGAGCCUUUGAAAGGAACCGAAACCACACUGCCCCUACCUGCUGUCACCAGCAUGACCGUGUACGACGAGGCCAUAACGUCCAUGCGGGUCAGAUGGGAGCUAGUGAGUGGAGCCAGCGGGUACUUGCUGAACUACAACGCCAUCAACGCCAGCGUGCCCUCUGGAAAGAUGGAGAUGCGAGUUGGUGCAGAUGUGAAUGAUGUCCAGCUAUUGCAGCUGCUUCCAAACACGGCGUAUUCAAUCUCCCUGUUCGCCCUACACGGGGAGGCAGCCAGCGAACCACUCAUCGACAGAGGAGUCACUCUGCCUCUGCCUCCAGCGGGUGAGCUGAGAAUCUCAGAAGUGACUCACAGCUCCAUGCGUCUCACCUGGGAUGCAGCUCCUGCGAACGUCAGGAAGUACAUCAUCACCUACAAGCGAGAGGAUGGAGAUCUGAAAGAGGUUGAGGUCAACGGUGACAUCACCACUCUGGUUCUCACCAGCCUCCGCUCUCAGACGGAGUAUGAUGCUGCCGUCACUCCCGUCUACGACGAGGGUCCAGCAAAUCCCAUGCUUGGCAGCGCAAUUACUGAUGUGGUUCCUGCUCCCAAGAACUUGAGGUUUUCUGAGGUGGGCCAGACUUCGUUCAGGGCCACAUGGGAGCAUGGAGCACCAGACGUUGAACUGUACCGCGUCGGUUGGACCAAGCAGGGCGAGAACAACUUCAAAUACGAAAUCCUGAGUCGUGAAGAGACAAGCCACGUUUUGCCAGAUUUAGACACAGACACAAUGUAUGAUGUCACUGUCACAGCCAUCUACCCUGAUGAGUCAGAGAGUGAGGAUCUGAUGGGGAGCCAACGCACAUUGUCAAAGGUCAUUACACCCGUGCCCACUGGACCACCGCAAAACCUCCAGGUUUUCAACGCCACCACUACAACUCUAACCGUGAAAUGGGACCAUGCGCCAGGCCCCGUCCAGAACUACAAAAUCACCUACCAACCCCUUGCGGGUGGAAAACUGCUGUCUGUUCAAGUUGGUGGAAAGAAGAACAGCGUCAUUCUUCAGAAGCUGACCCCUGACACCCCUUAUUCCAUAACCGUGGCUGCCGUCUAUCGCACCGGAGAAAGUAAAGAUAUUUCCGGCCAAGGAAAAACAAAAGCCUUAGGAGGAGUGAGAAACCUGCAAGUUUUGAACCCCACCAUGACCACACUGAAUGUUCGUUGGGAGCCGGCGGAAGGAAAAGUGAAGGAGUAUAAGGUCAUCUACGUACCUGCGGCUGGCAGUGCCGAAAGCAUGGAGCAGAUAUCAGGAACCACCACCAGCACAGUUCUGAGAGGCCUUCAGUCUGACACGCUUUACACCGUGACCUUAAUUCCUGUUUACGCAGAGGGAGAUGGCCAGAGAAUGUCUGAGAAUGGAAAAACAAGGGCCCUGGGUGGUGUGAAGAAUCUGAGGGUCACCGACCCAACCAUGACCUCUCUGAAUGUCAAAUGGGACCCCGCGGACGGGGCCGUGCGCCAGUACAAAAUAUUCUUUGUCCCAGCAGCUGGAGGAACUGAGGCGAUGGAACAAAUACCUGGCGCCCAAACGUCUAUUGUUUUAAGAAACCUGCAGCCUGAUACUCCAUACACAGUGUCCGUGGUUCCAGUGUUUCCCGCCACAGAGGGCAGGCGCCAGUCUGAGAGUGGAAGGACAUUGCCUCUUGGAGGUGUUCGAAACCUCCGUCUCAUUGAUCCCACCUUCACAACACUCACUGCCACAUGGGAUGCCGCCGACGGGAACGUGCAGGGCUACAAAGUGUUAUACGUGCCCACCAACGGAGGAACUGAGCUCAUGGAACAAGUGUCUGAGAGCACCACAACAUUAGUGCUGAGUAAACUCCUGCCAGACACCAUGUACACAGUGACUGUUUUGCCAGUGUACGCUGAAGGAGAUGGACCUCAACUCUCUCAGAAGGAAAAGACUAAACCUUUGGGCAGUGUGAGGAACCUACAGGUAACAGAUCCAACUAUCAGCACCUUGAACGUACGCUGGGAGCCGGCAGAAGGCAACGUGCGGGAAUACAUCGUCAUUUACGUUGCCGCCGGAAGCCUAGAUCAAGAAGUGGAUCAAGUCUCUGGAACCACAACUUCCACUGUUCUGAAGAACUUGGAGCCCGACACAACCUACACUGUGACAUUGGUGCCAGUAUAUCAUGAGAUGGAAGGCAAACCUCUUUCUGAGAAUGGAAGAACAAGACCAUUGGGUGGAGUUCGCAACCUUCAGGUUACUGAUCCCACCAGCAGCACCCUAAAUGUGCGAUGGGAGCAUGCUGAUGGAAACCCUCGCAAUUACAAGGUUUUCUAUGUCCCGCAGCCUGGAGACAGUGAGAAGAUGGAACUAGUUUCCGGUGGCACGACAAGUACCGUCCUACGUAAUCUCAAUGCUAACACGGUGUACAAGGUCACAUUGUUGCCUAUGUAUGAAAAUGACGUGGAAGGAAAACGUCAGUCAGAAAAUGGAAAGACAAAACCUUUGGGAAGUGUGAAGAACCUCCAGGUGACAGACCCAACUGUGAACUCUUUGAGAGUGCGAUGGGACCCAGCAGAUGGAGAUGUUCGUCAGUACAAUGUCAUCUACGUGCCUGUUGCCGGUGGUGCUUCAAGCAUGACCCAAGUAUCGGGAAUGUCCACCAAUACUAUUCUGAGAAACCUACAACCAGACACAGAGUACAGGGUCACUGUAGUACCAGUAUAUCCCGAUGCCGAAGGAAAGAAACAGUCCGAGAAUGGAAAAACAAAGCCUCUGGGUGGAGUAAAGAAACUGCAGGUCACCGAUCCCACAACGAGCUCGUUGAAGGUGCGCUGGGAGCCCGCCGAAGGUAACGUCCGGCAGUAUCGAAUCUUCUACGUCCCAGCAACUGGUGGUGCUGAAGACAUGGAGCAAGUUUCUGGAGGCACCACCAACACAGUCCUAAGGAACCUUCUGUCAGACACGGUCUAUACAGUGACUGUGGUUCCCGUUUAUCCAGAGGGAGAGGGUCUCCGACAGUCUGAGAAAGGAAAGACACUUCCAAGAGUCCCACCCCGGAAUAUCCAUGUCUACAACCCAACUCCCAACAGUCUGAAUGUGCGCUGGGAACCCGCCUCGGGCCAGGUGCAGCAGUACAGGGUCGCCUACGCCCCACUGAGUGGGAUCCGAUCGCUUGAGUCUGUUCUCGUUCCUGGCAACAUCAACAAUGCUUUCCUGGAUCAGCUCGUCCCGGAUACGCCGUACUCUGUGAAUGUGAUGGCGGUAUAUGCUGAUGGAGAAGGCCCAGGAAUUGACGGAAAAGGAAAAACAUUACCACGAGCUGGACCCAGGAACAUGAGGGUCUUCGAAACCACCACAAGCACGAUUAGCAUCGGCUGGGAUCACGCUGAGGGUCCCGUACAACAAUAUAAGAUCGCGUAUGCUCCGUUGACGGGAGAUCCCAUUACAGAAUUUACUGUUGUUCCCGGCAACAGAAAUAAUGCUAUCCUUCAAAAUCUGCUUCCUGACACCCCGUACAACAUCACAGUUACGGCAGUUUAUCCUGAGGGACCUGGCGGAUCCCUAAACGGAAAUGGAAGAACACUCGGCCUGUUGGCACCUCAGAACCUGCGUGUCUCAGACGAGUGGUACACACGCUUCCGUGUGUCCUGGGAUCCAGCUCCAGCUCCGGUCAUGGGCUACAAACUAGUUUAUCAACCAACAGAUAAAGAUGAGUCUUUGGAGGUGUUUGUUGGUGACGUCACCAGCUAUACCCUACAUAACCUGCUUCCCGGCACAACGUAUGAUGUUCAGGUGUACGCCCAAUACGAUGGCGGUGUCAGCAAACCUCUCACGGGACAAGGAACAACUUUGUACCUCAAUGUGACCAACCUGGUGACAUACGAUGUUGGCUACGACAGGUUCUGCAUCAGAUGGACGCCUCACCGUGCCGCCACUUCAUACAGAAUCAAGCUGAACCCUCUGGACCCGGCGGCUAAAGGUCAGCAGGAGAUCACCAUCUUUGCAGGCCAUAGUCAGUACUGUUUCGAAGGUUUGAGUCCAGACUCCCUCUAUAACGCCACUGUGUUUGUCCAGACGCCCAAUCUAGAGGGGCCCGGAGUCAGUACCAGAGAACGCACCCGUGUUAAACCCACACCUGUGCCAACGAAACCACCCACUCCCCCUCCACCACCCACUAUUCCACCCGGCUGGGCGGGCGUGGCUCUGAAGCACGUGUACGAGAAGGUCUUCACUCUAGACAGUGGAAUGAGGAGAAACGUACCAAAGGUUGUGGUGGCCGUAACAGAUGGACGUUCUCAAGAUGAAGUGAACAAGAAUGCUGCCAAGCUACAGCAAGCUGGUUACAGUGUGUUUGUGGUUGGCGUGGCUAAUGUGGACUUCGUCGAACUGCAGAACAUUGCCAGCAAACCGAGCGAACGCCAUGUCUUUGUGGUGGACGACUUCGAUGCCUUCUCCAGCAUUCAGGACAACCUGGUCACGUUCAUCUGUGAAACUGCAACAUCCAGCUGCCCAUUGAUCUAUGUAAAUGGUUUCACAUCACCAGGAUUCAGAAUGCUGGAAGCUUUCAAUCUGACUGAGAAGAUGUACGCUAGUACCAAGGGUGUCUCUAUGGAACCCGGUUCCUUUAACAGCUACACCGCCUACAGGCUCCACAAGAACGCUUUCCUCAACCAGCCCUCAUCAUAUAUUCAUCCUGAUGGCCUGCCUUCCACAUACACCAUCAUUCUGAUGUUCCGGCUGUUGCCGGACUCACCGACCGAGGCCUUCGAUAUUUGGCAGGUGUCAGACAAGAAUUACAAACCUGAGACCGGUUUCACCAUCGACCCAUCCACCCAAACGGUGUCGUUUUAUAAUAAGGAUACAACAGGAGAGAUCCAACGAGCCACGUUUAAAAAUGAUCAAGUCAGGAGGAUCUUCCAUGGAAGCUUCCAUAAGCUCCACAUCCUGGUAUCUCCCAAGAGCGUCAAACUGAACAUGGACUGCCAGGAAGUGGCUGAGAAGGAGAUUAAACCAGCUGGAAACACGUCGAUGGAUGGAUUUCAAGUUCUCGGAAAGAUGUCCAAAUCUAUCGGAUCUAAAGGAGAAUCGGCAACAUUUCAGCUCCAGAUGUUUGACAUUGUGUGCAGUCUUGGCUGGACCAGCAGGGACAGAUGUUGUGACCUUCCUUCAAUGAGAGAUGAAUCCAAAUGUCCAUCUCUUCCCAAUGCCUGCACAUGCACCUCAGACAGUAAGGGGCCCCAGGGGCCUCAAGGGCCAGUGGGUGCACCUGGAAGUAAAGGACCACGAGGGGAAAGAGGAGAACCCGGUCAAGUCGGUCCGAUGGGCUCACGUGGAGAGAUGGGUUUGCCCGGUCCGAUGGGCCCUCCAGGACCACAGGGCCCUAGUGGGCUCUCCAUCCCUGGCGAGGCUGGUCGUCCAGGUCCAAAGGGGGAUCCAGGCGAUGCUGGCUUACCUGGACAGAAAGGUCCACCGGGACCGGCUGGUGCCAUCGGGCCUAUUGGACCUGCUGGAAUACGGGGACCCCCAGGGAAGGAGGGACCCCCAGGACCCAUGGGCCCACAAGGACCAAUGGGACCCCCAGGAGCCCCUGGAAUGCCGGGACCUACUGGAAAGCCUGGAAAGAAUGGAGAUACAGGUGUUCCGGGACCGACUGGGGUUAAAGGAGACAAAGGAGACAGAGGAGACAUCGCAUCCCAGAGCAUGAUGCGCUCUAUUGCCAGACAAGUGUGCGAACAGCUCGUGAACGGACAAAUGGGUCGAUUCAACGAAGUGCUGAACCAGAUCCCCAGCAACUAUCACAGCAACAGCCCAGGGCCCGCUGGUCCCCCUGGACCUUCCGGAUCCAUGGGACCACGCGGAGAGCCCGGUCGGAUAGGCAGAAAUGGCCUUCCCGGAAGUCCAGGGUUGCCUGGACGCCAGGGAGAUCAAGGACCAGCUGGAGAAAAGGGAGAUAGAGGAAGUCCAGGCAUCGGAGAGAAAGGACAGAGAGGAUCCACUGGACCACCUGGCCCACCUGGUGAGUCCAGAAUCGGCCCUCCUGGUUCAACCGGCCCUCCGGGCAACCGCGGUCAGUCUGGUCGCAACGGUGUCAGCGGUGUACGUGGUCCACCCGGCCCCCCUGGCUACUGUGACUCCUCUCAGUGUGUCGGUAUCCCAUAUAACGGACAGGGUUACAGAGGUUCAUAAACUUUCUAAACCACCUGUGCUGCUUACACUUUGAAAUCCUGAGAAAAUCACAUGUUAUUGGGCUCUGUGCGGAUAACCAACCACGGAGAUGAUUAAGUGAACACUAUUGAACAAAAGCAAACAAACAAACAGAUAAAA